AUGGGACACAAAUGGGAAAGAGGAGGGUCGGUUUUGACAAGGCUGUAUAACAAGUCAAGUGUACGAUGGGAGUCUGGGUCUGAGAGAUCGGGAUGGAUUUUCUUGUAUUCCUUCCUUGGCCUUUUUUUCUUUUCUUUCUGGUCUUCCUUGGGUAACAAUACGGGUGUCUCUGGGUCUUCCGGGUUUGGGUUUCUAUCUGGUGGGAGUGUCGGUCAUGCAGUGUUACAUGAAGCUGUACUUUUGGUUUUUCUUGGGAUUGCCUGUCAGCUUGUUUGGGAGCUGAAUUUCUUCUUCCUCUUCAUGUAUGGUAACGACUUUUGA